UGGUCUUUGCGCCUAGCCCUCUGUGUGAGUCUGUUCUCUUUAACAUUUUCCUUUUAGAUUUCCAAAUUAGGUUUUUCCUCUCUGUACUUAGAUUUUGAUUCCAAUCAGAGCCAGCCAUUGUUGAGGGUUAGGAGGUGUGGAUUUGUUUCAACUUGAUCCCACCUGUGUCCAAAUACCGCCAAUUUCCAAUUUCUCUUUCUCUGCACAAAAUCCCCAAAUUAACAGAAGCUUUGAUUUUUAGGGCAAUUUAACUCCAUUAGGGUUAGGGUUUCUUAAUCUUUCAAUCUUCUAGGUUCGGAUCACGAAAAAGAAAGCAUCUGUUUUCUUUUCUUUUUUGUUGGGUUUUGGAUUAGCUAUGGAGAAGAAGAAGGUGGCCGUCCCGCUGGUUUGCCACGGCCAUUCCCGACCGGUUGUGGAUCUGUUUUACAGUCCGAUCACUCCCGAUGGUUUCUUCCUCAUCAGUGCCAGUAAGGAUUCUAGUCCCAUGCUGAGAAAUGGAGAGACCGGAGAUUGGAUUGGAACAUUUGAAGGACAUAAGGGUGCAGUCUGGAGUUGCUGUUUGGAUACUAAUGCUCUAAGGGCUGCCACUGCUUCUGCAGAUUUCUCUGCGAAAGUUUGGGAUGCAUUAACAGGAGAUGUGCUACACUCGUUUGAACACAAGCACAUUGUUCGAGCAUGUGCAUUCUCAGAGGAUACACACCUUUUGCUUACUGGAGGAGUAGAGAAAGUUAUACGUAUAUAUGAUUUGAACCGCCCAGAUGCCCCUCCAAGAGAAGUGGACAAAUCCCCUGGUUCGGUUAGAACCGCUGCAUGGCUUCACAGUGAUCAGACCAUUUUAAGUUCUUGCACUGAUAUGGGGGGUGUCAGAUUAUGGGAUGUAAGAACUGGGAAAAUAGUUCAAACACUUGAUACCAAGUCAUCUGUUACUAGCUCUGAAGUCAGUCAAGAUGGUCGUUACAUCACAACUGCUGAUGGGUCUACAGUGAAGUUUUGGGAUGCAAAUUACUUUGGGUUGGUGAAGAGCUACAACAUGCCUUGUACAGUAGAAUCAGUUUCGCUGGAACCAAAGUUUGGGAACAAGUUCAUUGCUGGUGGUGAAGACAUGUGGGUUCAUGUUUUUGAUUUCCACACCGGUGAUGAGAUUGCUUGCAAUAAGGGUCACCAUGGUCCUGUACACUGCGUUCGUUUUUCACCAGGAGGGGAGUCAUAUGCCUCUGGAUCUGAAGAUGGCACCAUCAGAAUAUGGCAGACCGGUCCUCUGACUCACGAAGAAAGCGAGGCACAGGCAGCAAAUGGGGCAGUCGGAAAGGUGAAGCCACCUGUGGAAGAGGUCUCUCGCAAGAUUGAGGGCUUCCAAAUUUCUGACGAGGCCAAGUCAAAAGAGAAGGAAGAGGCUCCCGCAGCCGCUGCAGCAGCAGUGAAUGUGUGACUUUGCCCAGAGUGUAUUAGCCGUGCGUGGCACAGUUCAGAUCUAUCCUGGCUAAAUUACUACUUGAUCACAUAGACAGAUUGAAAACAAAUUUUUUGUACAACUUUUAGUUCUCACUUCUGCAUUGUUGAGAUAUAGACCAUGUUCUUGUUACUGCGCGUGUUCAGAUUACCUAUAAAAUCGAACUUUUCAGCUUCUGGUUUUAA